GAAAGAAAGCGAGAGAGAGAGAGAAGGAGAAAGGAGAGGAGGAGCAGAGAGAGAGAGAGAGAGCGCUGUCCAGCCCUGCACCGGCUGCAGACUGGGCUGCCUGACACUUAUAAAAAGGGAGUGAAACUAGCCAGAGUUCCUCUUCUUCAUUAACAUCAGUCAACCCGGGCGGAGGGUGCUCGUCCUGACAGCAAGCAGGUAAUGGCUUGUCCGUGAUUCCUUCCAUGAUAGACCAGCCGCCCGCCUCACCCCAGCCCACCAGACCCAUACCACACCCCCAACAGCCGGCGGUCAGUGUCCUAAAGAAACUGCCCUACCAUGGCUCCCACACUCGCUACCGCUCACCGGCGCCGCUGGUGGAUGGCAUGUACGGCUGUCAUUGAAAACCUCCUCUUCUCCGCCGUGCUGCUGGGCUGGGGCUCACUGCUGCUCAUGUUAAAAUCUGAGGGCUUCUACUCAUACCUCUGUCAGGAACCAGAAAACAUCACCAACAGCAGCUUGGCAGGAAGCAACGGGACAGAUGCUGAGCUUAUCCUGCGGAUGAACGGGUGGCUCAUCUGUAAGGACCAGGAUGAGAUGUUGAACCUGGCAUUCACUGUUGGAUCCUUCCUGCUCAGUGCCAUCUCGCUUCCACUCGGGAUUGCCAUGGACAAGUACGGCCCACGUAAGCUACGUCUCAUUGGCAGCACCUGUUUUGCUCUGUCCUGUUUGCUGAUUGCUUAUGGAGCCAGUAAUCCCGCUGAUCUUUCAGUGCUGAUUUUCAUUGCUCUCGCCCUCAAUGGAUACGGAGGGAUGUGUAUGACCUUCACCUCUCUAACAUUGCCAAACAUGUUUGGGGACCUGCGAUCUACUUUCAUUGCUCUCAUGAUUGGUUCUUAUGCUUCAUCUGCUGUGACAUUCCCAGGCAUCAAGGUGAUUUAUGAUUUGGGGGCUCCAUUUAUCACCAUCCUCCUGGUCUGGGCAGCCUGCGGAGGUCUCGUCUUCCUCAACUGUUUCCUCAACUGGCCAUUGGAACCAUUCCCGGGUCCCGAAGACAUGGACUACACUGUGAAGGUGAAGUUUAGCUGGCUGGGUUUUGAUCACAAGAUCACAGGGAAGCAGUUCUACAAGCAGGUGACGACAGUGGGUCGCCGCCUCAGUGUGGGGAACUCGAUGAAGCCCCAGGACAAGUUGUCCACCCAGGACGGUAACAAACUCUGUCUGUCCACUGUCGACCUGGAGGUCAAGUGUCAGGCUUCGGACCAAGGCUCCGGCUCCUUCAUGCAGAGUAUUUUCAGCCCAGUGUACAUCCUCAGCUUGGUCACCAUGUGUGUCACCCAGCUCCGCCUCAUCUUCUACAUGGGAGCCAUGAAUAACAUCCUGGAGUAUCUGGUCGAGGGAGACCUCAUCACAGUCAGUCUCUACUCCUCCAUCUUUGGCGUCCUGCAACUGCUUUGCUUGAUGACAGCCCCUGUGAUUGGCUAUAUCAUGGACUGGAAAUUGAAGGACUGCGAUGAUGGGAGCAGCGAAAUUGACGAGAAAGCACUGUCAGCUGGGACAAAACCGAGCGUAAAGAAAAGGGACCGAAAAAUUCAGAAAAUCACCAAUGCCACCCGAGCUUUUGUCUUCACUAACCUCCUCCUAGUGGGAUUUGGAAUCACCUGUCUGAUCCCAAACCUCCCCCUCCAGAUUCUGUCCUUCAUUCUUCACACGAUUGUCCGAGGUUUCAUUCACUCAGCCGUGGGUGGACUUUACGCUGCUGUAUAUCCCUCCACACAGUUCGGCAGUUUGACAGGGAUGCAGUCACUCAUCAGUGCUCUCUUCGCUCUGCUACAACAACCCCUCUUCCUGGCGAUGAUGGGACCACUUGAAGGCGACCCUCUCUGGGUGAAUAUUGGUUUGCUGGGAGUCAGUAUGCUGGGUUUCUGUCUCCCAGGCUACCUGCUCUAUUACAGGCACCAGCUCAAGAAGCAGAGGCUCCAGAAAGCCGAAGAUGCCAAACUCUUCAUGAAAAUCAAUGGCAGCUCAAAGCACGAAGCUUUUGUGUAGGCCGAGGGCUUCCUUCACCACGCUGAGACAGGACUCUUUAGGCCAAUGUUCACACUCGAUCCAUCAACAGACCCCCAGUGAGACGUUCAACAGUUUUCUGUUGGUGCUAGAAGCCCAUUUCUGGGAGCCGACAUCUUAGUAUCAUCGAUUAAUCAACGAUAUUUAUGUGGGAAAGGGGAAUAUUUACCAACCCUUCCUCUCAGUAAGUUAUUGGCUGAGGUCGCAGCUCUUGUGAUUUUUAUUUUAGAUGGCUUUGUUUCACUGGGAGGAUUUCCAUUCAGAGCCUGCGGCCCAGUGUUCAUGGCAAGCUCACUCCUUCCUCUGCCUCUCCCUCUCUCUCUCUCUCUUUCGCUCUCUCGCUCUCUGUCCCUCUUUCAUUCUUUCCCUGAUUCUCUCCUGGAGGGGCUGCCUGAGGAACAAGGAACCAAAUACCUGGCCUGAGAGCAAGAGGUUUCCUGACUCUCUGCUUGAGGAGACCCAACCCUGGCCUGUUACCCCUCUCCCUCACCCCCACCAUGACUCCCCUUCCCAAGCUGCAGGAGAGCAAAGGGGGGCAAAUCCUAAAUGCCACUUGUUAAAUGCAGCCUCCUGUAUUUUUAUGGUACUGAUUGGGGCAUCGGAGAGAUUAGCUAGCCCCCAGUCUUGGUGCUACAAGGGUUGCUCCUCAGACUCACACCCUGAGUGUAUUUUGAGACUGACAAUGCCGGGAAACCUGUACAAAUGAGGAUGAGGUUUCGCACUGGAGGAACCUGGACAAUGGUGGGAUUCAGGGAAAAGGUGAGGGUGGGGGAUAUAAUCCGUGCUGAAACAUUUUGGGGGUGAGGGGCAUGGCUUUCAUUUCCCCUCCCUCCCCAAUCCCCCCCUCUACAGUGGUGAAUGGGAAAGUGAAGGACCCCAGUAUUUCAGCAGAACUGCGGGCUGGGGGUGGGAG